UAAACAUAGUUUUGGAAUGAUCAGUAGUUGGUUGUUGUAUGGUAUUUCCAAACCAACACGACCUUCAAACCGACAAAAUAAGAGGGUAUUCAUUUUUAAAAGACCGGCAACGCACCUGUGACCUGUCUGAUGUUGCGCGCGUCCAUAGGCGGUUCAGAUCGCUUCCCAUGCGGUGAUCUAUCUGCUCGUUUACCUCUUAUUCCAUAAAAAAAAUAACUUUUUGGCAAAAUAUAUAUUUUUAGGGAUAAAUAUUUUCGAGAGCUGGUAUCUCUCAGUUGUAUAUCUUUCAUUUCAUUCAUUCUAUCUGUCAUUCAUUCAUCAUUCAAAAAAAAGGAGAGAUGAGAUAGAAUGAUAGAAUAACUAAAACAAGUACAAGCUCAUAAAAAAAUUAGCAAAUAGGAUAAGAGAAGAAAAUCUGUGUAUUUACCGAAUAUUUGAAUAGAAUUGUAAAUUAUUUACACAUAUUUUGGUUAUUGAUUUAUUUAUCGUUGUGUUCUACUAGGUCGUUCAUUGCGAAUCCAUUUAAAUUAUCUGAAAUUUCGUUGUUUUGAAUACGGGUCACGUAAGUAAAAAUAUUUUCUAGCACACUUGCAAAACGGUCAGAUUACAGUACAUAAUGUUAUGAAUCAUGGUAAUUUGUUUGUAGUUUUAAUUAGCUUACAGUGCUUAUCCAACGUAAUUUAGCGUUAUUCGGUUUGACCUUUUUGCAAGUCACAAGUCUCAAGUUGUCUUUGCAGAGAACACUGGAAUACAUUAGCAGCGCUGCCCGAGGUGGUAUCCUGCGGGUGUAUUAAAAAGCGGUUUUGCUACAGAUUAGACUCUGUAUAAACGAUCAGAGGCUCUAGUCUGGCGCAACUCUGGCACAUCUCCGCGGCCGUAGCGCACGCCUUUCACGCGGUCACAGAAUUAAGUACCGAAAGUUUACAUCGAGCGAUGGUUGGAAUCCAACUGUUGAUACACAUUGGAUUUUAAUUUCCAUCGCUAGUUGUGGACUAUCUUACUCCAACAUAAUUUAUGUGAAUAACCUCAAAGACAGAGUGAGAGAUGAGUGAAGAAGCCAAAUUAGAAGCGCCAGCGGCAAAAAAGCAAAGACUGAAUGAAGGUGAAGCAUCAAGUUGCCAGGCCAGUACCUCCUGCGUGUUCAAAGAGAAUCAGGAAAAUGGGGAGGAAAAGUUUGGUAGCGAAGAUAGCUACGGUAACUUCGUGACUCCUGAAGAACUAGAGAGGCUCAGAGAGUUUAAGGUGUUGGAUGAAGUCAAGUCUAAUGAUGAGGACAGCAAUGAUGAAGAAUCUGAUAGCUCUGACGGUCUGCCAGAAGAAGAGAUUGAGAAGAUGCUGGAGGAAGACCUUCCCGAGGACUUCAAGGGGGCCCCCAAGCAGAAGGAGAAAGCAUACAUAACAAGGCAAACUACUGUUCUAGAAGAGAAGGGUGUGAACCACUUCGAGGUGCUCCCCCUGGACUGGAUCAUGGUGCGUCACAUCAGUGGGAUGCCCAUCUACAUGCACCGCACCACCAGGGUGUGCACGCUCUCCAAACCUUACUUCCUUGGAUCGGGCAAUACUCGGCGUCAUGAUAUACCGAUUAGCGCCAUACCAUGUUUCGCUUACCGCCGAGCUCUUGAAGAAGAAGAGAAGCAAAAAGAAAUUGACAAAAGGAUUGCAGAACAGAUCCGUACGGGUACUUGGGUAAUUAACUCGCAGUCUUCAAAGAUAGACUACUGUGAGAACAGCCAGGACAGUAGCACUGGUACAGCAAUGACUGGCGAUGCUAUGGAAAUGGAACUACAGUGUGAUAUUGAUAUCAAAGAAGACCCCAAACUUGAAGACUUCACUGCUGAUGUUACAACUGAUGAUGUACCACAAACAAAACCUGUUAAUGGACAAGGGAAUGUGAGUUUUGGCAAUAAUGAGCAGUUAGAAAAUCAGCCUGGAACAUCUACAGAUAAUAGGCGGAAUGGUGAGGGUACUAGUAACACAGACCUCGACCUACAGCGGAGACAGCCGGUAGUAUUGCCAGGAGGUAUAGUGAUGCCGCCGCCGCGGGUGGAGACUGUCAGCACCAGCUGGAAGACGCAGCAUCUCUCCGCUGAACAGAUCAACGAAUACUGCCGACGCCUGUUCAAGUUUAAAACUGUGAAUAUCAUGCAUUUCAAACGUUGGGCUGAUCGCCGUAAAUACACGAAGGCUAGGAAGACGCUCCAGUACCCCACGCUACCUGAAGGCACAAAGUUGAUCACUAUCCCUGCGCAACCAGCCAACACUGGGGACGAGAAUGCGGGCGGUGGUAAGACCACCAAGCGCGACUGGGUGAUGAACAUGAACGGGCGCAGCUACCUGUCUGUGUUCCACGAGUACGUGCGUCGAGCGCUGCAGAAACAACCCGUCUAUGAGUUCAAACAACUUGAGAAUGCCUCAACCCCGUACCAGGCGACGGUAUUCAUCGGCGGCAUGCAGUACGGAGUGGGGCACGGGUCCAGUAAGCGACAGGCCAAGUCUGCGGCCGCGCGGAACUCUAUACAUAUACUCAUACCCGAGAUGAAGGACGAGCUGGACGAGCACGCCCCAAACAAUGCGCCCAAUGAUGCUAACGAGCCUGACUUCACCUUUUUCGACUACGUGGGUAUUGAGGACCCGCGCAUCACGGAGUUCUGCGCGGCGACGUGCGAGCCCUCGCCACACGCCAUACUGCGCACCUGUCUGCUCAGGAACUUUGGAGCCGGGGACCGACACAUACAUACUGAGAUGAAGAAACUAGAAUACCAGAAGAUCGAGCUGACCAUGAAGGUGGGCAAGCACACCGCCACCGUCAUCAGCAAGAACAAGAAGAUGGCCAAGCAGCGAGCUUCGCAAUCUAUCCUACAGGCGCUGCACCCACACGUGCGCUCAUGGGGAUCAUUACUCCGUCUGUACGGCUCUCGCUCGGUCAAGAGCUGCAAGGAAAAGAAGCUGGAGGAACAACAGAUCACUCUGCUACAAGACAAGGCGCGUCACAACGAGCCUAACUACGCCGUACUCGACAAACUGAGGAAUGAAAUGAGGAAAUUACGGGAGAGAGAUGAUGCCGUGGUUCCCAUCGGAACCUUACUAGUCCAUGAGGACCUCCCCACGCACUCAGGGUCUAAUCUGAAUAACGUCGAUCUGUGAUAGAAAUAUUCUACAAAUUCUAUGAUUUGUCCGAGUUUGAAAUUGAUUCAUUUUCGUUACACAAAAUGUCACCACGGAAUGCACGGGAUUUAUUUUAAUUUUAAGAUAUUCGUCUAUAGGAGAAAGUCAAAUAUUAUUAUUCUUUUUAAUUAAAAGUUAUGUCAAAGUCGAGUACAUACUUUCUGCACCUGUUUUCAUUCGUUCUGACUUUGAAACCAAUCAUAGGUAGAGUAGCUUUAAAUGCAAGUUAUUCACAUAAGUAAAAGAUGCUCGAUAAUAAAAUAUAAUGUAUUUUUCUCUUGUAGAGGUUAUUACAUAUACAAAAUAUAUGAAGCCACCAUUUACGUGAGCUCCAAUUAUUAUAUUUCAGUGACUUCGAUGUUUGUAGUCAAGUAUAACUGUAUUUAUUCAAGCUAGAAUAUAUUCCAGUCAAUAUGUUAUAGUACGUACUUAACAUUUUAGGUAAAGAGUGGUAAUUUAAAAAAUGAUAAUAUAAUUAACAAAAUCAGCUACUACCAAGUGUGUAGUAUAGAAUAUUAAAAUGAAUGUUGAUAUUGUGUUUGUUCAUCCGUAGUGUGCUGUACUAUGCUAGUCUAGCUACAAAUCAACAUUAUGUCUAGUUCACUAUUAAAUUAACUUAAAUCGCGGGUUAGCGGCGAUUAACUAAAAGCACAUCUUUAAUUACAAUAAUUAACUGUGUAACGGUUAUAAACGUUCAUCAAUUUUAAGUUUACACUUUAUAACUUUAUAUAAGUAUCGGAAAUUAGUGUUACAACGUAAACGAGCUUGUAGGGCCGACUGGCGACAUGAGGGAAAGGUGAUGGAGGCGCGUGCCGUGCGACGGGCGGGUACGCGGUAGGUAGUAUGCGCGCCAUGCUACAAAUGUUAUUUAUCAGGUAAAUUAUAUUUUUAUAGAACUUGUAUUGCAUUUAUAGUAUGCUUAGCAUUUAGCUCAGUAAAGUGACAUUUCUUUUUUCUAGGGUUAUAAUGUAAUCACAACAUGCAGACAAUCGAAGCCAUCUACAGAAAUGUAAUUUGUAAAAUAUAUUAAACAUAAAAGGUAUUAGAAGUAAUCAAUAUAAUAAUAUUUAUUGAUAUGUUAGUUUAGGAAGAAGAAUAACUGAUUAGUAUAGACUGUCGACUUCAAACUAUGAAGUAGUCACCUAUUUCAUCUUUGUGAUCACUUUAUGUGCAUUAAAGUCGCAACUGAAUACUUUGUUUAUACGUGCAUCUGUAUUAUAAGUAUCAUGCUUGCACUUGGCUAUAAUGAAAUAACAGCAGAAUGUUCCUUACCAUAUUACAUGUAAUUUGCGAAUAAUAAUAAUUCGCAAUCAUUUAUGGUUUCAAUGUUGAAAACAUGGUAACAUUGAUGUUAUAACAAUAACAUUGUUUUCAUAAUAUUAUAUGCAAGUUUUAUUCAAAUGACAUUUAAAUAAUUGUUCACAUAAGCGUACCUUUUAUGUGAUUAGCAAUGGUCUUUAAUUUUUUUUGUUAUCUCGAUGACGGUCUAAUUAUAAUGUAAUCGCAAAAUAAGUUCAGUACUCUUUCAGGAAAUGGUUAUGUUACAACCAGUGAGCUUUGGAUACACGGUGUUUCAUAUAUAAGAUGCUAAUAAUUAUUUUACUAAGUUUAUCUGACAAAUCAGCUAAAAAACUUUAUCAUCCGUUCUUACAAAUAGGGGAGAUAAUCAUACGUUUUAUUGUAGCGUACAUAUUUGUGCCACAUUUGUAUGGAACUUCUGAUUUUAAGCUAUUUUCCUAAAGUUAGUCUAGGUAUAUGAAAUUGUAAUUUGAAAGUAGUUUAUAUAUUUUGUCUUAUUUUGAGUUUAAAAAUCUGUGUAAUUUAAGAUCUAAGCUACUGAUAUAAUUUAUAUUAGCGUGAAUGUAUAGUCCAAUGUACUUACGAAACUUUGUGAUAGGUAGACGUUUUACUCUAUGACUAUAGGUACUAUUAUGUGACAAAUAUUGUUUUAAUUUUUGCUUUUAGAUGUUGAAUCUGAAGCUUUGCGCGCAUGAGCAACGUUUAAAUUAUUAAUGUGUGAUUGUGCCUAUAAUUAAAACAAGCUUCAAUAUUGAUGUGGAUGAUAUUAUUAUCUUGUAUUUUUUGGUUAAAAAUAUUGACUUCCUAGCAAAGAGUUGUCCACCGGCUUGUUGAUACCCGUCUCAUUGACUGCUUUAUCUAUAUUUGUAAGUGAAAUGUAUAUGCUGUAUCCUGCUUUGCUAUAAAUAAAUAACAAUAUUACACUUCUAUUUGUGGUUUCAAUGUUCAAGUCAUUUUAUAACCACACAACCCCAAGUACACUUGAAAAUUUAAUAUUUUGCUUGCAAGAAGCGAAACUAACACUACUAUAGCAAAUCAGUUGCUUUCCACUGCCGCGGAGUGGGUCAAAG